CAUAGAAUAUUACAAAUAUCGUUCAUGAAUGCAUUUCUUGUUGUACAUAUCCGAUCGGAAAUGCUUAAAAUUGUAAUUCCAACGAAGACACACUUUUCGUGCUUGGAUAAACCCGCUGGUUUUUAUGCUGAUUUUGAUACCAGGUGUAAAAUAUAUCACACCUGUGAUGAAUAUGGAAAUAAAUUUACCUACCAUUGCCCAGAGGAAACAGCUUUCCGUCAAGAAGCUUUAAUAUGCGAUCAUGCACACCUUGUUAACUGUCAAAGAAAUAUCUCUUUUAGUUCAGAAACUAAUUUUCUUAAAUUACCAUUACAAACAUUUUCUGCAAAUAUACAGAAUCAACAAAGUAACACAAAUAGUAAUCAAACAGCUAAAAAUAGAACAGAUUUUUAUAAGGUACCUUGUAUCAAUCAUAGAAAUGAUCCAUAUGUAGAAACUUUAAACUCUAUACAAAAAAGUACAAUAAUACCUUUGACAAGAACUAGUACUACUGUAACGAAUGUAACUACAGAAUUGCCUAUAUAUGCUUUGACGUUGUCUUUAAAACCAUUAAUACCAAGGGAACUGGAUUAUGAUCCUUACUAUCCAAAAUUUACAUCAACAGAAUCUUAUUAUUCUUCAAGUCGCAUUCCUAACAAAUUGCCAUAUGUUAAAACUAUUCUUCAAAAAUCAUGGUCUAAUACACAUAUUGAGCUUCCCUCUGUUUUACCAGAUUUACGAUCCUUAGAAGAUAUUGUUGAUCGCAGAAAACUAUUUUAUAUUCCUCGAAUUUAGUUUUAAUAGCUAAACUGUAAGUUUAAGACUGUAAUAGACUUCAAUUGUGAAAUUUAAAUCUACAAGGACCAGUUAAUGAAUACGAUCUUAACAUUAUCACCUUUUGAAUGAUAUUUCUAAAUGCAAGACCAUAGGUAGUUAACCUUAAAAAAUUCACGUUUUCGACGCGACG